AUGCCGCUGGAUGCAACUGUUGGACAGCAAAACAAGAAGCUGAGUGUCCAGAGGGAUGCAUAUUGGAUCACAGAACAAUUUGUGUUAAUGGAAAUCAAAGGCUUGGAGGAAUCAGAUGAUAUGGAAGUUCGCCACAGGUCCUCGAGACAUGCUGAAGAAGGAUCUUCAACUGUUGGUGAAGGCACAUCUGCUUCCCAAGCUCCAGCGCCAACUGUUGUGAACCACUCUCCACCUCCUGCGGACGCUGUAGAUAAUGCACAAUUGGCCUCGAUACCAGUGCAGAUCAUAGAUGACAGCUCGCCGGAGGCUGAAAAUAGAGUACUGCUAUUGGAUGCACCUCGCGAAGAACCAAGCGACGUUCCUGUCCUGGAACAGACAGCGCCUGACUCAAUUCCUGUUCCCAGCGAAGCUAGCCCAGAGACAAUGCUAGCGAUCAUUGUGUAUGAGCCCCCAAUCGAAGAGGUUCCAAACGUCGUUGGAACUGGGGACGAUGUAAUCGGAGCAGUAGAAGCAGAAGCUGCUGAGCCUGUUCCUAACGUGGUUGAUCAGGAACUUCCUCCCCCUGCCCCCCAAGUCGCUGAAGCUGAAGAAUUGGAAGACCUUCCUGAACCAACGCCGGAGGUACCUGAACCAGUGCCAGAAGUACCUAUCGCUGAACCUCCUGAGGCCCCUGUCGCUGAGCCUCCUACUCCCUCUACUUUGGAAAGGGUCUUAGAAUACUUGAGGGUGCUCCUCCGCGAGGGAGCCAUCACUGAGGAACAAUUCCAGGAAAUCGAUCAACUGUUGCAGGAUCUUCCUCAAGGGCUCAACGAGCGGGCAGUCGCGAAUGCGCAAGCCAGGCAGACCGAAAUGCAUUAUCAGAACCUUACUCAGCAAACGGAGACCGCGCGCGACUUCUUGGAACCUCAGUUGGAACAACCCCUCGCUGCUCUCGAGACGCUAUCCCAAGAACUGGCUCAGGCACGCGUGGCAGCCCAACAAGCCGCACAAGCUGCUGCGGAUGCCAGUUUUCGUUUGGAUGAACUCUUCCUUCGCCUGACCCAUGCAGGCCGAAGACUUUUGGGCCCCUAG